UGUGAUGCAUGAUUCUAGAAAUUGCUCCUAUAUAUUGAGCUCUUCAUAUUGAGAACAACAUAUAUGGACAACUCUGGGGAAACAACGUAAAACAAGUGUAUGAUCAAGAUGAAACUCAACAUUGUUAGUUUGAUUUUGCUUGUGCUACUCUUGAUUAGCUCAUUGAACCUGUUUUUGGAAGCCACAGCUGAUCCAAAUGACAAGAAUCAAAAUGCAGUGAAAGAAGAGGAAGAAUUGAAGUUCAUGAGCCGCCAAAGGAGAGGCAACAACAUUGGGAGUAGAAGGAGAAACAAUCAUGGAAGAAGAAGAAGAUCAAUUCCACAUCCACCAAAAAGAUGGCCUCCCAUUUUUAUCCGUCCACCACCACUAGUUCCAUCUCCACCUCCACCAAGACGCCGUCCUCCAUUUAUUAUCCGCCCUCCACCACUUGUACCAUCUCCACCUCCACCAAGACGUCGUCCUCCAUUUAUUAUCCGUCCUCCACCACUAGUACCAUCUCCACCUCCACCCCGGCGCCCUCCAGUUAUAAUACGUCCACCACCACUAGUACCAUCUCCACCUCCACCACGACGCCCUCCAGUUAUAAUACGUCCACCACCAUUAGUUCCAUCUCCACCUCCACCACGACGUCCUCCAAUUAUUAUCCGUCCACCACCAUUAGUUCCAUCGCCACCUCCACCAAGGCGUCCUCCAGUAAUAAUCUUCCCACCACCACUAGUUCCUUCGCCACCUCCACCACAACGUCCUUCACCACCUCCACCACAACGUCCUCCAGUUAUAAUCUUUCCACCGCCACUAGUGCCUUCGCCGCCACCAUUCACAAUCUUCCCACCACCACUAGUUCCUUCUCCACCACCUCCACGUGUCCCCAUAUUCAAUGCACCAUUAGUUCCUGAUCUAGUGCAAAAAGAUUCAAAUUUGCCAUAAGCGUACGUAUGGAUAUUCGUCUAAUAGUUAAAAUUCCUACAUUAUAUAUCUAUCUAACUAAAAAAUGUCAACUUUCAAGUAGAUGGACUAUGGUCAGAUUCAUGUUGCCCAUGUUGUUUUUCUUCUAUCAUCUUGAUGUUUGCGUAGCUGAUAACUACUAAUACUAUUUCUUUUCAUUUUA